GAGGAGGGCGCAGCACGUUUUGGAGCUGGCUGCUGGUGCAAACUGCCGUCCCAGACCAUGAUGAACAGCAACUCCCACAUUUCAACUCUCACCUAAAGCGUUUGCACAGAGAGAGAGAGAGAGAGAGAGAGAGAGAGAGAGAGAGGUGGGAAAGAGAGACAGAAAGAAGCAGCAGGAGGUGCACUAGAGGACUUCUUGUUCCAGUCAGGCAGCUGGGACUCUCCAAGUCAAGAGCGCUGCAGUGAACCGAUGUAAAGAACCUUUCCAGAGUCGUUCCAGAGAACCUUUUUUUUGUUUUCUAUUUGUUAUUUAAGAAAAUGGUGCUGCAGUGCUACGGAAAAAGGAGGAACUAAGUAAAAAGGCUCAACAAGAAGAAAAGAAAAACACGGGGCGAUUUGAGCAGAGAGGUUCAGAUCCAGGAGUCACGCUGCAGCCAGUGGAAUGGACCCGGGCGCCAGUUGGAUCAACCCCCAGGUACCAGCGCUGCUGUCUGAGGAGGAGGGCUGAGGAUCUGCCGCCACAACUACCACCUCCUAAAUGAGGAUGAAUGGAGAUGUUCUCUAGGGAAAGCAACACUCCUGCUGAAUCCUCUGAGUGAGCUGGAAGAAGAGGAGGUGGUGGCGGGGAGCGACCCUGGCCCGGAGGACCGGCGCACCGAGGAGGGACACCACGGACGGGGAGCGGUGGCGGGCGCCGGGCGUCGCAUGGCCGUCCAGAGGCUGGUGGCCGCAGCGGUGGUGGUAGCCCUGCUGUCGCUGGUCCUCAACAAUGUGGCGGCCUUCACCCCCAGCUGGGUCCUGCAGGCUCUGGACGACGGACGCAAGAGGAGCGUGGGACUGUGGAGGAUGUGCCCCGUCAGUGUGGAGAGGGGCCGGGACAACCUCCAGUGUGCGAGCCUGGAAUGGGGAUCUGACUACGCAGGCUACCAAGAAUCCCGCAGCACUGUUAAAUUGCAGUUUAACAUGAUGCGGGCGUGCAACCUGAUAGCCACGGUGGCCCUGACGGCCGGUCAGCUCAUCUUCCUCCUGGGCUUGAUGGAGCUGCCCUUCAUCACGCAGGAGUCCCAGUGGUGGGAGGAAGCCAUCGCGGCGCUCUUCCAGCUAGCCAGUUUGGCGCUGGUGAUUGGCCUGGUGACCUUCUACAGGAUCGGGCCCUACACACACCUGUCCUACUCCUGCUACGUCAACAUCGCAGCCUGCCUGCUGGCCACCAUGGCGGCCGCCAUGCUCAUCUGGAACAUUUUGCACCGACGAGACGACUGCCUCGCUCCGGGGGUCAUAAUCUUCAGUCCCUCGCUGGCGUCGCCUUUUCACCCACGUCUAGAAAACGACUACGUGGAGUCGCCUUGUUGAGCGGACUGGGUGCUAAACUUUGGCUGCGUGUCUGGAAAGAGACGCUAAAGACAAGACGCAUUGCUGUGGCUCCACAGAAGCUGGACACACCUGUUCUUACAGCUUUACAGCGUUUCUCCCCGUCCCUUUAAAUAUAACUGAAUUAUUUUGCUGCUUAAAGCACAAGCACGUAUUUAUCCUAAAAUACCACGAGGCAGCCCAAUAGUUCAAAACAUCCAUUUCCAGUGUGUGAAGUUUUGUAUAAUCACCCUAAGGUGAGCUUUCUGGUUGCUGACAUGGAUUUUGGGCGCGGACUGUUUUCUAUAAGUCGUCUUUAUAAAAAGAUCAAGCUGGAACUUGAACCUUUUUUUCUUAUUUUAAAAUCGCACUUAUUAAAUGGUCCCUUAUACGAUUAUAAAUUGGGAAUGAUUAUAACA